AUGAAGACUACUAUCAUUCUCACUACCCUUGCGCUGGCCAUGACCACCUCAGCCCGCUGCUUUCCCGACGGCGCGACGUGGAACAACCGCGAACAAGCCCGUACCUUCAUUAAUGAUGCCUGCUACAAGUCCGGUGGCAUGUUUACCGGCAACUAUGCGCCACGUCAAUUGAAGGCUAUGUGUCCUCGCGGUCAAGGCCAGAACAUCGACUUCGUGGUCCAGAAUCUAUAUGGAAAUACUGGUUUCGACUUGGCCGAUAAGGAUUGCUAUGAUAGACUGAACAGUGAGAUCAGCAAAUGUCCGCAUGGUGGUGAGACGACUGCUGCUGGAUGGUUCUUCCGUGCAAAGCCUGGUGGCUGUUAA